AUGCUUUCUGUGUUUGAACUCCAAAACUCCUUCUCAGCCACGGAGCUUCUCCUGGCUUCCUCCAUCUUCUGCCUGGUAUUCUGGGUGGUCAGGGCCUCAAGGCCUCCAGUUCCCAAAGGCCUGAAGAGUCCACCAGGGCCGUGGGGCUGGCCUCUAAUAGGGCAUGUGCUGACCCUGGGGAAGAACCCACACCUGGCGCUGUCGAGGAUGAGCCAGCAGUAUGGGGACGUGCUGCAGAUCCGCAUUGGCUCCACACCCGUGGUAGUGCUAAGUGGCCUGGACACCAUCCGGCAGGCCCUGGUGCGACAGGGGGAUGAUUUCAAGGGCCGGCCUGACUUCUACAGCUUCACCCUCAUCACUGAUGGCCAGAGCUUGACCUUCAACCCAGACUCUGGACCGGUGUGGGCUGCUCGCCGGCGCCUAGCCCAGAACGCCCUAAAAAGUUUCUCCAUUGCCUCCAACCCAGCUUCCUUGUCCUCCUGCUACUUGGAGGAGCAUGUGAGCAAGGAGGCUGAAGCCCUCAUCAGCAAGUUCCAGGAGCUGAUGUCAAGGGUUGGGCACUUUGACCCCUACAAGUAUGUGGUGGUGUCGGUGACCAAUGUCAUCUGUGCCAUAUGCUUUGGCCAGCGCUAUGACCACGACCAUGAAGAGCUCCUUAGCAUAGUCAACCUGAGUAAUGAGUUCGGGGAGGUGGUUGCCUCUGGAAACCCAGCUGAUUUCAUCCCUGUCCUCCGUUACCUGCCCAACUCUGCUCUGGAUGCCUUCAAGGACCUGAAUAAAAAGUUCUACAGCUUCACGCAGAAGAUAGUCAAGGAGCACUACAAAACGUUUGAGAAGGGCCACAUCCGGGACAUCACAGACAGCCUGAUUAAGCACUGUCAGGAUAAGAGACUGGAUGAGAAUGCUAAUAUUCAGCUGUCAGACGAGAAGAUUGUUAGUGUUGUCUUGGACCUCUUUGGAGCUGGAUUUGACACAGUCACAACUUCCAUCUCCUGGAGCCUCCUGUACCUAGUAACAAACCCCAGGGUACAAAGCAAAAUCCAAGAGGAGCUGGACACAGUGAUUGGCAGGGCGCGAUGGCCCCGGCUCUCUGACAGACCCCAGCUGCCCUAUCUGGAGGCAUUCAUUCUGGAGACCUUCCGACACUCCUCCUUCCUUCCCUUCACCAUCCCGCACAGCACCACAAGAGAUACAAAUGUGAAUGGAUUUUACAUCCCCAAGGGGCGUUGUGUCUUUGUGAACCAGUGGCAGAUCAACCAUGACCAGAAGCUGUGGAGUAACCCAUCCGAGUUCCAGCCUGAACGGUUUCUCACCCCCGAUGGUACUGUCAACAAGGCACUGGGUGAGAAGGUGAUUAUCUUUGGCCUGGGCAAGCGGAAGUGCCUCGGGGAGACCAUUGCCCGCUUGGAGGUCUUUCUGUUCCUGGCCAUCCUGCUGCAGCAGGUGGAAUUCAGCGUGCUGCCGGGUGUGAAGGUGGACAUGACCCCCAUCUACGGGCUAACCAUGAAGCAUGCCCGCUGCGAGUACUUCCAAAUGCAAAUGCGCUCUUAG